CUAAAAAUGUCACUAAAGUCGGAAGAGUUAUCACCCGAUCAACUAAAAAUAUACACAAACCUGCACAGCGCAAUCACAGAAAACAACAAGCACCUUUCUCUUCUACAGGAGUACCGCAAAAAGCUGAACGAAAUUAACGAUGAGUUUACACGCACAGAACGGCAGAUGAAAGCGAUGAGUACGGUCGGUCAAUUGGUGGGUGAGGUGUUAAAGAAGGUGAACGACGAGAAAUUUAUCGUAAAGACAAGUCAGGGACCACGCUACGUGGUAGGUGCUAGGAAGAGUAUCGAUAGGAAUUUGUUGAUUGGUGGUACGAGGGUUGCCUUGGAUAUUACUACACUGACCAUUAUGAAGGUGCUGCCUAGGGAAAUUGACCCGAGUAUAUUUGCGAUGACUGAGGAGAAUCCGGGCAAUGUUGAUUUUGGGAAGAUUGGCGGUCUUGCAGAGCAGAUUAGACAGCUGAAGGAGAUUAUCACGCUGCCUUUGGACACGCCAGAGAUCUUUGAACGGGUGGGUAUUGCUGAGCCUAAGGGUGUUCUUUUGUACGGACCACCGGGUACGGGAAAGACUCUGCUGGCACGUGCUAUCGCCGCAACGAUGGAUGUCAACUUUUUGAAGGUGGUGGCAUCGUCCCUGAUCGAGAAGUAUAUCGGAGAAAGCAGCAGGAUGAUACGUGAAAUGUUCCAGUAUGCACGUGAAAGAACGCCAUGCAUAAUAUUCCUUGAUGAGAUCGAUGCAAUCGGUGGAAAGAGAAGCACAGAGAGCAGCUCGAGUGACAGGGAGGUGCAACGCACCCUGAUGGAGCUGCUCAACCAGCUCGAUGGUUUUACGAGCCUUGACAAGGUGAAGGUGAUCAUGGCCACAAAUAGGCCUGAUAUUCUUGAUCCUGCGCUGCUUAGACCAGGAAGACUGGAUAGGAAAAUUGAGAUUCCUUUGCCGAACGACUCGGGCCGAAAAGAAAUCCUCAAAAUAUACAUCAGGGACAUGACAUGUUCAGAAAAGAUUGAUUUGGACAUGCUCGUUAAGCUGUCGGUCGGAUUCAACGGUGCCGAUCUGCGACACUGCUGCACCGAGGCGGGCAUGAGUGCAAUCAGAGAUGACAGAGACGCGGUAUGUCAGGAGGACUUUGUCAAAGCGAUACGUAAAAUCGCGGGAACAAAGAAAUUGGAAACAAAGAUGGAUUAUAAGAGGCCCUGAGACUUUUUGUUAAUAAACGGAUCUUUCUUGAUUUGCAU